CUUUGUGGAUAGAAGAUUGUCGUCUGUUAAUUCCAAGGUGCAAGAGAGAAACAGGAGAAGAUUGGCCCAACAUUCAACACAUACAUUACAUAUACAUAGAUGAUAAGUGAUAGUUCGUUGGAUGAGGUGAGGACUGAGGAGCCGUUGGUGUCAUUUAGCACGGACUUGUGUGACUUUUGAUGGUGGUGGUGUUGAUGUCUUUGGCCUAGUGUCGCGCUGCUCCUUCGGUUACUAUCUUGUUUUCUGAUACUGCUGUAUGUUUGUUGAGAGUUGGAAUGUAAUUACCAUAAAGACUGCAUAUCGAUUUCGUUUUUCUGAUUGCCCAAUCCUCUUUUGAUGUUGGUGUCUGUCUUUGAGUUAUCUGUUCUGUAUUUCAAGUGUAAAAGUUGAAUACUAUUUGUAGUUUUUUUUUUUGGUUUCUGGUUUGUUUGUGGAUUUCCUUUGUUUUUGUUAUGUGGGAUUUGUUACAAGUGAAGUUAUUGAAUAAAUUCGGGAAGAGGUCAGAGUUGAAGAAUAGGAUUAGUUAUGUCUGUUAUGAUCAGUUUUUCUGUUACAGUUGUUAGUUUGCUUUCUGUUAUUUCUUAACUAAUUCUGUAACUAAUUCCUUUACUGUUUUCAGUUGUAUAUAUAUGUACAUACUCAGUAAUGUUUCAAUUCAAUGAGAAGGACUCUUCUCCAUUCAAGUCAUCUUUGUUUUCUUCUCAUUUCUCUCUGUUCUUUACUUUCAAACACUCUCACAUGGUAUCAGAGCUUCUCUCGUUUUAAUGGCGACUGCUACCUCUGCCGAUUCUACUCUUCGUUCAAACGGAUCCAACUCUUCAUCAAGAUCUUCAUCUCUUUCGUUCAAUCACACACUGUCCAUCAAACUUGACGAAAAUAAUUUCCUUCCAUGGCGACACCAGAUCUAUGCUGCGAUCAAAGGCCACAGACUAAUCAAAUUUCUCGAUCCAAAGGCAGCUCCACCUAAAUUCGUGACAGCAGCAGAUGAAGCUGGAAAUCGAGUCUCUGAGGAGUUUCUUGAAUGGGACAUCCAAGACAGUCUUCUUGUAUCAUGGCUUCUCUCCUCAAUGACAAAAAAGAUACUUACUCGUAUGGUGGGAUGCAAUAGUGCGGCUCAGAUCUGGACUACUCUUGAGGAGUAUUACUCAGCUCAAAAUCGAGCCAAGGUUAGUCAAUUCAGAACUCAGCUUCGUCGAAUCAAACUCACUGGUAAUCUGAAUGACUACUUGCUCAAAAUCAAACACGUUGUUGAUUCUCUUGCAUCCAUAGGCCAUGUUCUUUCUCCUCAAGAUCACAUCGAAGCCAUUUUUAAUGGUCUUACACGAGACUACUCUGUUUUUGUAACAUCCUUAUCCACUCGGAAAGAUGAUUAUUCUGUUGCUGAGGUUGAGUCUCUACUCAUGGCUCAAGAGGUUCGAAAUGAGACGACUGAGUCUGAUCUUGAUGUCUCAAAACCAGAAGUGAAUCUGGCAACUCAACCAAAUUUGCCUAGACCAUCUGUUACUCGAGGAGGCCAUCAAAAUUUUUCCCCAAUUCAAUUUGGAUCUUUCACAGGCGGCCGUGGUUCUUUUCGUGGCAAUUUUCCUCCCUACAACACCACCUUCCAUCCCUAUCCUCAUUACAACACAAGCCCUCAUCAAUAUGGUAAUUCCUAUACUCCAUCAUAUCCUUCCUUUACUAACAAUCCUCGUGGCUCUCGGGGCAGUUUUCGUGGUGGUUUUUCAGGAGUUGGAAGAGGGUCCUCUACUCCUAAGGUUCAAUGCCAACUAUGUCACAAACAAGGCCACACAGUAAAGCAAUGUUUCUACCGAUUCGAUAAAUCAUUCACUGGCCCUGAAUCUUUUCAAUCCUUUAGUGGAUCGGCUGCUAUGGCAGAGAUGCAAGCCUUGGUUGCUACACCUGAAUCUGUUACUGACCAAAGCUGGUACCCGGACUCAGGUGCUACCAACCAUCUCACACCAGAUUUGCACAAUCUUGUGGCUCCCCAAGACUUUCCUGGUUUAGAUCAAAUCCAAAUGGGUAAUGGCUCAGGUUUGAAUAUACUUCACACUGGUCACAACUCCUUUAUUUCACCUUUUACCUCUCAAUCUCUUAAAUUGAAUAACUUACUUCAUGUACCCGAUAUUACUAAAAACUUAAUGAGUGUAUCUCAAUUUGCUAAAGACAAUUCUGUCUAUUUUGAGUUUCACCCUCAUUUUUGUUUUGUGAAAGAUCAGGAUACUAUGAAGACUUUAUUGGUUGGGAAGGUUGACAAAGGACUCUAUAAGUUUGAUCAAUCUCUUCAAUCCAUGUCUCAAUCCAGUGAUCACUCCUCAAAUGCAGCACCUUUGUCUUCACCAAAAGCUGUUUUCCAAUCUCAACUCAAUGCCUCUACUGUACCUUUUUCCAACUUUAAUCUUUGGCACAAUCGUUUAGGCCAUCCAUCAAAGCAAAUUGUACAAUCUGUUAUGGCCAAAUGUAAUAUCACCCCUAUCAAUAAAAAUACUUUUGAUUUGUGUACAGCUUGUUGUCUUGGAAAGCAUCACAAAUUACCAUAUCCUAAUUCUGACACUGUGUAUACUGCUCCAUUACAGCUUCUACACACUGACCUAUGGGGUCCUGCCCCUAUGGUCUCUUCUAAUGGAUAUCGAUAUUACAUUAGUUUUGUUGAUGCCUAUUCUAGGUACACUUGGCUCUAUCUUCUUAGAACCAAGGAUGAGGCUCUCCCCACUUUUAUCAAAUUUAAAACACAGAUUGAGUUACAACUCAAUCACAAAAUCAAAGCCAUUCAAUCGGAUUGGGGAGGAGAGUUUAGAGCUUUCACUUCCUUAGUGGAAUCUUGUGGUAUCAUUCAUAGAGUCUCUUGUUUUCACUCCCAUGAACAAAAUGGGGUUGUGGAAAGAAAGCAUAGACAUAUAGUAGAGUCUGGUUUGACUCUAUUAGCUCAUGCCUCUAUGCCACUCAAAUAUUGGGAUGAGGCAUAUCGAACCUCUGUCUAUCUUAUCAAUAGAAUGCCCACCAAAGUGCUCAAUAAUUUCACUCCUCAUGAAACCUUAUUUCUUACCAAACCUGAUUACUCAGCACUUAAAACCUUUGGGUGUCUAUGUUUCCCCAACCUAAGACCCUAUAACAAAAAUAAAAUGCAUUAUAGGUCCACUCCUUGCAUUUUCUUAGGUUAUAGUCUCACACAAAAAGGUUAUAAGUGUCUAGCCAAGGAUGGUCGAAUCUAUAUGUCUAGGGAUGUUUUAUUCAAUGAAACAACAUUUCCAUAUCAAAAACCUGCUGCUGUCCCACAAAAUCCCUCUCUGUCUGCAGUGUCUACACCUGUAGCUCCACCAAUAUCAUCCUCACCACCUGUCCUAUCCUCACACAUACAUCCCCCUGACUCAUCUCCUCAUUCACCAAACCAUUCUCUAUCCUCUUUUCCAUCCACCAACAUCCCAGUUCCCACAUCCGCACCAUCAGAAUCCUCUCCUAACUCCCUUGUUCAGUCUCAACCUGAACCCUUACAGGUCUCACAAACCAGAGCCAACAUACCUGAUCACCAUGUCCCUGUUGUGAACCAGCAUCCUAUGCAAACUAGAGCCAAAGCUGGGAUUCGAAAACCCAAAGUUCUCACUGCCUCCUUUGUUCCUGCCACAGUAAAAACUGCUCUCCAAGAUCCCAAGUGGAACAAGGCAAUGAACACAGAAUACUAUGCCCUCAAAAAGAACAAUACCUGGAUUCUAGUAAGAUUACCUCCAGGCAGCCAAUGCAUAGGCUGCAAAUGGGUUUUUCGAGUCAAGGAAAAUGAAGAUGGCAGCCAAACUCAAUACAAAGCAAGACUUGUGGCUAAAGGGUUUCAUCAACAAAGUGGAUUUGACUUUAAUGAAACCUUUAGUCCUGUUGUGAAGCCUGAAACAAUUCGAGUUCUCCUCACUGUGGCUGUCACUAAAGGGUGGACACUUAAACAACUUGAUUUCAACAAUGCUUUUCUCAAUGGUGAUUUGGAAGAAGAAGUUUACAUGUGUCAACCUCCAGGUUUCAUUGAUUCUGACCAUCCAGAGUUUGUAUGUAAACUUCAAAAAGCUUUAUAUGGCUUAAAACAAGCUCCAAGAGCUUGGUUUGCCAAGUUGUCAUCUGCUCUACUUAGUUUGGGAUUCACUCAUGCAAAAUCUGACACCUCUCUCUUUAUCAGAAAUCAGUCCCAACAUACAACAUAUCUUCUUGUCUAUGUUGAUGACAUUAUUGUCAUUGGAAGUCAUGCUACAGAGGUAUCUACUCUUAUCUCUAAUCUCAGCUCUCUAUUUGCCCUAAAGGAUCUUGGAAACCUUCAUUAUUUUCUUGGUGUUCAGAUUACAAAGACAGAUCAUGGUCUGCAUUUAUGCCAAACUAAGUACAUCCAAGAUCUAUUAAACAGAACCAAAAUGCAGGGAGCUAAGUCUAGCAAUACACCUAUGACUAGUGGCCUUAAACUCUCUCAUUUUGGAAGUGAUCAUGUUCUUGAUUCCACUCUAUACCGAUCAGUUGUAGGAGCCUUGCAGUAUGCCACAAUUACCAGGCCCGAUAUUGCUUUUUCAGUAAAUAAAGUCUCUCAAUUCAUGCAAAAUCCCUUGGAGUCCCACUGGAUAGCAGUUAAAAGAAUUCUACGAUAUCUGGCUGGUACUUUAGAUUAUGGUCUUCACCUACAACGAUCUACCAACUACGACAUCACUGCCUUCUGUGAUGCGGAUUGGGCAUCCGAUCCUGAUGACCGGCGCUCUACCACGGGUUACUGUGUUCUCUUUGGCAACAAUCUUGUUGCUUGGAAAUCUAAAAAGCAACAGACAAUAUCACGGUCCUCUACAGAGGCAGAAUUUCGUAGCUUAGCUGCUGUUGUAACAGAAAUAACAUGGCUUCAGUCCCUUCUCACUGAACUUCGCAUCUCUUUGUCUACACCUCCUACUGUGUGGUGUGACAACUUGAGCACAGUCAUGUUAGCGGCCAAUCCUAUUCUUCAUGCGCGCACCAAGCAUAUCGAAAUAGAUCUCUAUUUCGUAAGAGACAAAGUCAUGCAACAACAACUUCAAGUUAAUCAUGUCCCUGCUCAGGAUCAACUUGCAGAUUCACUCACCAAGGCCAUCUCUAGCAAUCGGUUUCCCUUUCUUCGAGACAAACUUAGUGUGGUUUCUCAAUCCACACUCAGUUUGAGGGGGGCUGUUGAAGAAUAGGAUUAGUUAUGUCUGUUAUGAUCAGUUUUUCUGUUACAGUUGUUAGUUUGCUUUCUGUUAUUUCUUAACUAAUUCUGUAACUAAUUCCUUUACUGUUUUCAGUUGUAUAUAUAUGUACAUACUCAGUAAUGUUUCAAUUCAAUGAGAAGGACUCUUCUCCAUUCAAGUCAUCUUUGUUUUCUUCUCAUUUCUCUCUGUUCUUUACUUUCAAACACUCUCACACUCAUGGACAUGUGAUCAUCUUCUCUUCUUCUUUGACUGUACUUGAGUUGUUCUUAAUUAUAAUAUGAUCUUCUUCUAUACUUGGUAGUCUACUUACUCUGCUCACUUACAAAUUUUAGUUUAGAGUAAUGUUUUGAGUAAUCUGUUAUGUUUUGAGUGAUCUAUUAUGUACAUCUGCUUAACUUGUUCUAAGGUAUGUUUGUGUAGAAUUAAGAAAGCUUAAAAAGGCAAUGUGGAUGUUUUAG